AUGUUUUAUGAUGACGACGGCAAUGAAGGGAUGCCAACGACUGAACGUAUUUCUGCAUCAUUGAUGGUCCCGUACUUUUACAAAAAUCACAUCUUAUUUACUGAUAACUUCUACACCAGUCCGAGUCUUGCUGAAUACUUUUUAAACCAUGGCACCCAUCUUUGCGGAACAGUUAGAAGUAAUCGUAAACAUUUCUGCAAGGAUAUCAUCGAUGUCGCGUUGGAAAAAGGAGAAGCAUCUUUUUACAGAUCAACCAACAACAACAAAAUAGUUGUUUCAAAAUACAGAGCUGCAAAGGACAAAUCUGGUAACAAACCAAAAAUUGUUUUUUUGCUAUCAACAUGUCAUUCAGCCAUAAUGUCAGAAACUGGUCAGGCAAACAAAGAUGGUGUAGCGAUCCGCAAAUCCACUAUGAUAAAAUCGUACAACAGCCACAUGGGAGGUGUUGACAUGGUCGAUCAGCAGCUGCAUAACAUAGAUGUCCUCAGAAAACACUACAAGUGGUACAAAAAGGUUGCUUUCAGAUUGAUUAUGCAAGCAGUAUUGAAUUCCCACAAACUUUUUCAGUUUCGCACUGGGAACGAAAAGAAGACCUUCUUGGAAUUCCUACAGGAUGUUAUUGCAAGUUUAGCCAAGCAGAAUGAGCUACCACAGAACUAUGUCCCUGAUGAUGGUAGAGAGAGACUUACUGGUAGACAUUUUCCAUCAGUACAAGUUGCAGACGAAGAUGCAAAAGACAAGAGGCCGUCCAAAAAUUGCCGUGUUUGUUAUGCAAAAAAUAAGCGCACCGAUAAAGGCCGUCCGCUGAAGACUGUCUAUAUUUGUGAAAAGUGUCCAUCACAGCCAGGACUUCACCCUGACAAAUGCUUUGAGAUCUAUAUAUCAUACUCAAGAGCAUUUUGGUGA